CUGCGCUCCGGCUGCUUUCGUUUGGCGGAGAAGAUGGCGGCUCCGGGACCGGGGGAGUAUUUCAGCAUCGGGAGCCAUGUCGCCUGCCUCACCUGCCUGGGACAGCGCUUACAGGGAGAGGUCGUCGCUUUCGAUUAUCAGACCAAGAUGCUGACUUUGAAAUGCCCCUCGUCCAGUGGGAAGUCCCACCUCAAUGAUGUCAUCCUGGUUAAUUUAGCCUACGUGUCCAAGGUGGACACCAUCAACGAGCGCAGCGGGACUCCGCCCCCUUUAGCGUCUCUCAAUUUCAGCAAGCUCGCCAGUAGAGCUCGGGCGGAAAAAGAAGACAAGUUGGCGCAGGCGUACGCCAUCAGCGCCGGAGUCUCUGCGGAGGGCCAGCAGCUGUUCCAGACCAUUCAUAAAACCAUCAAAGACUGCAAGUGGCAGGAGAAGAACAUCGUGGUGAUGGACGACGUCGUCAUCACGCCGCCGUACCGAGCGGACAACUGCAGAGGCAAAGAGAGCAGCGCGUUAGGACACGUACGCAAAAUAGUGGAGAAACACUUCCGUGACCUGGACCAGAAGUCUGUGCAGCGCUCCCCAGCACAACAAACACAGAAGGACUCGGUCUUGUUGGCAUGAGCGCCGCCGACGCUAGAUUAUUAUUUUUUGUUUGUUUUGGGGUUUUAUUUUGUAAUCUGCCUCGAGGCUGAGGCCGAGGUCGAGGUCGCCACCUUCUUCGUCCCUACCGGCGCGAGCGCUCUACACGGAGAACAAAAAAAAGAAAACAGCCAAACCCAACAGAAUAGCAGACUUAGUUUUAGAAAAUGUUUAAAUUAACGACGGAGCGUCCUUCAUCCCCCCCCCCUCCCCCUCCCCCUCCCCCCAGCGUCCUUUUUUCUCUCCUGAAAUAAAUGUCCCCCGCUCGUGUAUUUGCCAAGAAGAAUGAAUGAACAUCAGGCUUUCGGUUCUUUUAUGCCUUUUUAAAAAAACUUAUUAUUUUUUUUAUGAAGUGUCCAAACAAAAUUGAGGAAAGAAGGAAAGACUUCGCAGUUACUGGGGUUGAAAAAGUCUUUUUCUUAUCAUUAUUAUUAUUAUUAUUAUUAUUAUUAUUAUUAUUUUGUAAGAGUGGACUGAAGUGAUCCGAGCGAGAUUUCCAGGGCGUGCGUAUUCACACCGCAACGACGUGGAGCGUUUGUUUUCGACGCCGCUCCGAUUAAUUUUGCGGGGAAAUGUGGAUCGAAGUCGUUCAUUCGGAGGACGUGAAGUCGUUCACGGCAGCUGGAGAGCUGGCAAUGCAGGGUUGGAUGUGAACAGAGUUUUGUGGAGUUUUGAGUCACGCUGCAAUUUAUUCAUAUGCUUUCAUGUAUGUUCUGUGGGUUUUUAUAUAUAUAUAUAUAUAUAUAUAUAUAUAUAAAAUGUGCGUGUGUCCGAUUGGCCAUAUCGCACUAGCCACAAGCUACUUGUGAAACCACGGCAACCGGCCGUAAACUAAAGACCACUGUUGGUCGACGUAGCGUGAAUUCAGUGUCGAAGAACAAACAUUUUAGAGACGCGUUUGUCGAAGGACCUGGUUUGCUUUGCCGCCGUGUGAAUGUACCACCGGACCCCGGUGUCCGAACAGAGCCCGGUUUCUGAAACUCAUCAUCUUAAAGGAAAUCUCCACACUGAAACGUGCUUCCGUUGAAAUAUGUGAUGUGUUUUGUGACAGUCUGUCGGUCGGUGCCGUGUUCUCGUUAUUCCUGUGAGAGGUUAGCGGUCGUGUGUUGCUCUGGUGGAAGAGAGGGACGUCGUCGUAGCUAGCGCAGUUACAAUGACGUUCGUUAGGAGAAAAGAUCAAAGAUCUGAAAAAAAAUGAACAAACUCUGGACUCAAAGUCCCAGAAUUCAACGCAGCCUUGCGACGCGGUUGAGACUGGGCUCGGCUAGUCCGUGACCUACGAGACGACGAGCGCGACGGAGUCGUUGGAAGCCGAUCUGUUUUGGCAGAACGUACAGAUGAGGAAGUGAGAGAGCCGGACAGACUGAAGGACUAAAGCGCCGCUGCAUCGCUCCCAUUAGAUAAGAGAUGAUUCGAGGCCUAAAUCCCACUACACCGUUAUCAGCAGGCAGGCGAAAGGCAUUGUGGGUAAUUUAGGAAAAUAGGAGAGUGAAAAUAAACCAUUUGAACUAAUAAAUAAAUAAACAAAUAAAUAAAUAAAUAGACAGAACACGUGUAAAGAUGAUUUAUUUUCCCCUUGUAAUAUCAUCUUUGUGUUGUGACUGUUAAAACCGGGGAAACUCCGCCCUGAUCCUCACAGAGACGUCGUGCUCGAUUCCGCUCGCGUUACGGAAUCUGUGCGGAUCGGAUUGGAUGCUCAAAAUUUGGCCUGGUGCUUCUCAGACACCCCUAAACCAAGGAACAAAACAGGAACACCGAGUACCUGGUGUGUCAGGAGGUUGUGGGCGUGUCCACAUUUUAUUGUUUCUUUGGGGUUUAUUUUUUAAAUAUCAGUUGCUGGACGAGUCAUUUCUUCCUCUCGGGGGGCGGAGCGGGGGAUCUGAUAUCUCUGAAGGCUUGUAACUUGGCACAGAAUUUCUGUUCUAGUGUUUAGCUGCUCAUAACCUCUAAACGAAGGAGCGAAGCUCUUCAGUAAGUUUACAUUGUAUGUGAAAACUCUAAGCUGGCAGUGGACAUGGCUUGUGGAGAAACGCUUAGCGUGAGGAGACUCCUCCGUCAUGAUGAGAACUCGUAUUAUUAUUAUUAUUAUUAUUAUUAUUAUUAUUAUUAACACCUCAUUGUGAAGCGACGACCGUGUCUCUUCACUCCUGUACAGCAGAAAGCCUCAGCGAUUAAUUUUAACAGCAGUGUUCAUGCAAGUCCUGCGCAUUUAGCCUCCUUACAUGUUUGCACAUGGGAAGGUUUUUCUGUUUUUCGCAGUUACGUUCUCACCUCUCGGGACUGUGAACUGGAAAUUCUUCGGAACUUCUUUCGCAAAAGAAAAAUGUGACAUUGUGAAUACCUCUUGCAUCAUAACAGGACCUCAUUUUUUUCUUUCCCCCCCCCCCCCCCCCCCCCCUGUCCUAACACCUCAUUCCGUGACUGUUGUUUUUUUUUUUGUUUUUUUUAACACAUCUGGAGAGAAGGCUGCGUUCCCCUUCACAGCAAACAUGAGCGGUACUGAUCUACCUGAACGAGAUUCCAAAAAAAAAAAACCCCAAAA